GUCGCGAGGUUACACGGUCAAAAACGUCGAGUGGUUUGGAAGAAGGCAACAAAAACAAACAACAAAACAACUGAAACUGAACAAAUGAACUCGACAAAUGAAAUUGUAAUUUUCAAAAUUCGGUCUUGCACAAUUGAAAUGUCAUUCGCCCGUUCUGAUUCAGAGGAGAAAUCUUAAAUCAAAACCGAUCCAGUUUUGGUCUCAUAAUAGCUCGGAGAAGGACAAGAAAUGGGUUUUCACUUUCAGUUCUGCGAUAUUGGCUGACGAGUUUUCUCCUCGGUGCGACCAUCGCUUCCUUCCUCUUCUACUACACCUUCUUAGAUCGCCAUGGACCAAACAAUAUGCUUGGGUUCAAUGGGCGUGAAGCUCGACUUGCGGGAAGAGUAAGGGAGAUGGAAGAGCAAAAUCAAUUACUUCGAAGGCAACUGAGCAUUUCGCAAAACCACCUGGUUGCAGCUAUGAAGAAUAGCAAUUCUUCUAUAAAUAGAGAUCAAGAAUUGUCCACCCCCAUAUAUCUAUAUGAAAAAAAGGGCGGUGCACUUUGUUCUAAUCAGGAAGAGGAUGUGCCAAAAUGUGAAGUGAUUCACAUUGCUAUAGUUUGUGCUGGUUAUAACUCUAGCAGAUCUGUAGUGACUCUGAUAAAAUCGAUUUUAUUUUAUAGGAAAAAUCCUUUGUAUUUUCAUAUGAUCUCCGAUUCUGUUGCUCAAGUUAUUUUACAGACAUUAUUCAAUACAUGGGCGGUACCUCAAGUUGAUGUACAGUUCUACUUGGCUGAUAACGUUAUUAAUGAUGUUUCUUGGAUCCCUAACAAACAUUAUUCAGGAGUGUAUGGGUUGAUGAAGUUAACAUUACCAAAGGUGUUACCCGAAAAUUUAAACAAAGUCAUCGUGCUAGACACAGAUGUCACAUUUGCAACGAACAUUGCAGAGUUGUGGAAAUUAUUUUCUGAAAUGAGGCAACCGCAGAGCAUUGGGUUAGUCGAAAACCAAAGUGACUGGUAUCUUGGGAAAUUGUGGAAAAAACACCGACCAUGGCCAGCACUGGGAAGAGGGUAUAAUACCGGGGUGAUAUUGUUAAAUUUGAAAUUACUUCGAGAUGGUGGCUGGGGUCAAUUGUGGAGGCAGAUUGCCGAACGGGAUCUCAUGACCCAUUAUACGACAAGCCUUGCCGACCAGGACAUAUUCAAUGCCAUAAUAAAGCAGCAUCCGUAUCUCAUAUACAAAUUGCCAUGUCAAUGGAAUGUACAAUUGAGUGACAACACAAGGAGCGAACUGUGUUAUUCCGAAGUUACAGAUUUAAAGGUAAUACAUUGGAAUUCCCCAAAGAAGCUGAAAGUGAAAAAUAAGCAUGUUGAAUUUUUUCGAAAUCUUUAUUUAACUUUCCUUGAAUAUGAUGGCAAUCUUCUUAGGCGGGAGUUGUUCAGUUGUAAUUCUUCAAGAGCUACAAGGAAAGAGAGAGAGCUAAGCAAGUUAAAUGAAGAAGACGUGUGUUAUGAAUUCAGGAGAGCAAGGCUGAACAAUUUUAGAACUCACCUUUACUUUUUGCAUUAUGAUUAUGAACCAAGCCCUGAAGGAAAUGAUGUUACACUUGUUGCACAACUGUCUAUGGACAGGUUACAAAUGGUUGAAAUGAUGUGUAAGCACUGGGAUGGGCCUAUUUCCCUUACUCUUUACAUGUCAGAUACAGAAGCCCAGCAAUUUCUUAGUUACGCAUUAAGUUCCGAGGUGCUAAGCAGUCGGAAAGAUAUAGGAUAUCAUAUCGUUUAUAAAGAAGGCAACUUCUAUCCAGUGAAUUUCUUGAGAAAUGUCGCUCUCCAACAAGUCAAUACACCUUACGUUUUUCUUACUGACAUUGAUUUUCUUCCAAUGUUUGGCCUUUAUGGUUAUCUUAAAAAAUCAAUUCAAUCUCUGGAUUUGGACACGUCAAAAAAAGCACUUGUAGUUCCUGCAUUUGAAACUCAACGAUACAGGACAACGUUCCCAAGGAGUAAAGCUGAAUUAAUUAGGAUGUUGGAUAUGGGGACAUUGUUUACAUUCAGGUAUCAUGUCUGGGCGAAAGGACAUGCACCCACAAAUUAUGUAAAAUGGCGCUCUGCUACAAAAUCUUACAUGGUACAAUGGGAACCCGAUUAUGAACCCUAUAUUGUUGUGAAAAAGAAUCUCGUGCCUGAAUAUGACACUAGAUUUGUCGGGUUCGGUUGGAAUAAAGUUUCUCACAUCAUGGAAUUAGAAGCCCAAGGAUAUUCAUUUAUUGUACUUCCGAACGCUUUUAUAAUUCACAUGCCGCAUGCCCCUAGUUUUGAUAUUGCAAAAUUCAGGGGCUCCGCACAAUACCGAAGGUGCUUAAAAAUAUUGAAAAAUGAAUUCGUGAAAGAUCUAGAACAUCGAUAUUCAAGAGUUUUUGAAACUGAGGGCAGCUGAAUUACUCCAUCUGACUGGCAAUAAUACACAUCCAUUUAUUUAUUUUUUCUAUUAGUUAUAAAAAUAACAUCAUUAAACAGGAAUAUAUGAUAUUUAACACAAAAAAAAAAGAAAUAUAAAUUUCAUUCUGGCAAUAAUGUCUUGUCUGUUUGAUGUUUUCUUAUAUUUAGAAA